AUGCCAGCUUUACAGUCCAACUCAGGUGUAAAAGUGCUCGUCACAGGAGCCAACGGAUUUGUUGCAAUGGCAAUUAUCCAGCGUCUUCUUGGCCUUGGCUUCUCUGUCCGUGGAACAGUGCGAUCGCAAGAGAAAGCGGAAGAGACCAAGAAAAUAUUUUCAUCUUACGGUGACCGUCUUGAGUUACUGAUUAUCGAAGACUUGACCCAGGAUGGAGCACUAGAUGAUGCCGUUAAAGGAAUCGAUGCCAUUGAGCACACGGCAUCUCCUGGCCCAGGUCACUUGCCUGAUGAAGAUCCUUACGAAAUUUACAUUAAUCCUGCUGUUCAAGGAACUCUGAGCAUUUUAAAUAGCAUCCUGAAGAACGGCUCCCAGGUCAAACGUGUCGUUAUAACGUCCUCUCUCGCUGCUAUGAUGAGGCCUAUUGACGGACCCACCGUUCUGGAUGAAAACGACUGGGGAGAUGAGUAUGUCAGGAUUGUAGAAACACAAGGGAAAAGUGCAUCUCCGAUGGAGAAAUAUUAUGCGUCAAAAACUCUCUCGGAGAGAGCUGCGUGGGACUUCUGUGAGAAACACAAGGGAAUGAUUGGCUGGGACCUCGUCACAAUCAAUCCAUCUCUGCCCUUGCUUCAAGACUUUCAGGAGUUGCACGAAGUAACUCCGUCUGUCCGCCUCUGGUUCCAUUUUAUGGCCACAGAACAGUCCGAAGAAAUUCUGAAAUCUACCUUGUCAUACGUGGAUGUUCGCGACGUCUCCGCGGCUCACGUUAACGCGCUGAAAGUUGAAGAUGCAGGCGGCCAGCGUUUCAUCUUGUCUGCAGAAUCAAUAACUUGGCAGGAUUCGCGAAAUCAUCUACUCGAUCGCAAGCCAGAAUAUUACACCUCUGGAAUCUUUAAGCGAGGCAAUCCGAACCUGAAGUCAUACAUACCAUUGACUCUAAAAACUCAGAAGGCCGAGAGUAUUCUUGGAAUAAAGUACAAAAGCCGUGAUGAGACACUUCUCAGUGUAGCAGAAGAAUAUAGACGCAGGGGAUUUCUGUAG